AUGUUAGACUACUACAAUGUCGUUAAUAAUCCUGCGAAAUUGAUAGCAGACUGCGCAUCCAUGAAGACUAACGAUCCAACGAACGAGAAAGUCCGCACCGCUGCCAUAAGUAAAGCUAAGGAGCUGGGAAUGCUCGGUGAUGCCGGCAACCUCCUACAUUUUACUUGUGUCAAGUUCAAGACCUUCUACGAGUGCGUUGGUUUGAUGCUACGAGCCGUGUUCUAG